AUGGCAUCGAAAGAUGAUGCUCCAGGUUACACAACAUAUGAAGAGUUCGUCGCGGAUGCAGACCCUCUCUUGGAUGUUGCCUGGAUCAGUGGAACACCAACUCUACAAAUCCCAUACCUAUUGUCACUUGCUGGCCUCGUCUGCUCUUACAUGCCAGCUUUCCCAUUCUCAACAUCUGUCUUCUACAUCACGGGGAAAAUUGACCGAGGCUUCACUUCUCUUUUGCUGUCCUCGUCCGCCGGCAGCUCCGAUUCAGCCACUACUUACCAUGUCUCAAUGACGGAGAAGGUUCGAAUCAAAUCACUGGUCGAAGAAACCCGCAUCACAGCUGUGAAUGUUGCAUCCUCAAGCGGGCUCUCAACCAAUAUCGGGGAUGUUUCUGAGCUUGAGACAGAAGAGGAAGAGGAAGAGGAAGAGGAAGAAAAGACCGAUGAUACGAACACGGGGCAAGACACUCAAGCAAACGACAUGUCAAGGUCUCUUGCAAUCUCGAAGAUUUACAAGCGGACCAUGGAGAUUUUGGGAGAUUCUCUGGACAGCAGCACCCUUCCUAGAGGUCAAGAAACGAAAGAUGUCCCAAUGACCGACAACACACAAACAGAAUGA